ACUUUGGACGCGGGGAGCAGUUUCAUUGGCUAAACACUCGGAUACAGGAGGAGGUGUUUUCCUCAUUCUCCUCCCGUUUGUCACCGAGUCAACCUGAAGUUUGGGUCUUGGGAUGUAGACCUGAGCUGAUUCUUAUCGAACCGAGCAGGUGGGAUCACAGUAUCACUCAACGGACACGCGCCCACCAGAGAUCGCCCUGUGGGACAGAAUGAGCGACAACAGCGUGGACACGAGCACGCUCUGCCUCUUUGAUGUUGACGGCACACUGACGGCCGCGAGACAGAGCGUGACUCCAGAAAUGAGAGAGUUCCUGGAGAAGCUGAGGACUCGGGUUCGAGUCGGAGUGGUUGGCGGGUCGGACCUGGUGAAGAUCAAGGAGCAGCUUGGAGACGACGUCAUCCAGAAAUCCGACUACGUGUUCGCUGAGAACGGCCUUGUGGCUUACAGGAACGGGCAGCUGCACUCCGUCCAGUCCAUUCAGGCCCACAUGGGAGAAGAGCUGCUGCAAGAUUUCAUCAACUUCUGUUUGGACUACAUGGCCAAGAUCAAACUGCCCAAAAAAAGAGGAACCUUCAUUGAGUUCCGUAACGGGAUGCUGAACGUUUCUCCCAUCGGACGCAGCUGCACACAGGAGGAGCGCAAAGAGUUCUACGAGCUGGAUCAGAAAGAAAAGAUCAGAGAAAAGUUUGUUUCAGUGUUGAAGGAGGAAUUCAAAGGAAAGGGUCUGUCGUUUUCCAUCGGAGGGCAGAUCAGCUUCGACGUCUUCCCUGACGGCUGGGACAAGAGGUACUGUCUGGGCAUCGUAGAGAAGGACAACUACUCAACCAUCCACUUCUUUGGAGACAAAACCAAACCUGGAGGAAACGACUACGAGAUCUACAGCGACCCACGGACCGUCGGCCAUGAAGUGUCCAGUCCAGACGAGACGCUGCGGCUCUGUGAGGAGCUGUUCUUCUCCUGAGAGCCCAGCAGAAGCAUCGGGUCCCAGAGCAGAGACUAUCAUCGGACCCUAUAGGUGUCUACCUCCACCAGAACCACCUGACUGGACCUGGACCCAUUCAGGGAAGCUGCAGCCACCUUUGGUUUAAUGAAGCGUUCUUGGUACCAACAGGGAACAGAACCAGAGACGCUCACAUGAUGUUACUGAUUCCUGUUCUUAAGGCACUUAAACAUGACAAAGGUUCUACUGUAAAAAAUAAAUAAAAAUGCUUCAGUCUAGUU